CUUUUGUCAAUUUAAUGUCAGAUUUGAUUUUUCGAAGCAGGUUAGGAGAAUUAACGUAGCCGGUUAGGAUAAUUAGGUAAAAUGUUAGCUAAGAUGCACAAAAACAUAACUUUUGACUUUUAAUUUGAAUAAAAGCUGGAUCCUUUCUAAACAUUACGUUAUAUGUUCCGCGUUUAGAUGACAUCAUUAUACUGCGCCUGCCGGAAGAGACGUGGCAAAAUGUCCGCUUCUGAGAACGUUCGCAUUUUCUAGCUUUAGUUAUUUGUAACACCUUUUCCUUCAAACGAUAAAUCAUCGAGGAGAAAACUUUUGUGACAGCACGACAGACAGACCAUGGGUCUGUGCAAGUGUCCUAAGAGGAAGGUGACCAACUUGUUCUGCUUUGAACAUCGGGUGAACGUGUGUGAGCAUUGCCUGGUCUCCAACCACAACAAGUGUAUAGUGCAGUCCUACCUCCAGUGGCUUCAGGAUAGUGAUUACAACCCUAACUGUCGACUGUGUAAUAACCCACUGAUCUCCCAGGAUACUGUCAGAUUGGUCUGCUAUGAUGUAUUCCACUGGGCCUGUCUUCAUCACCUGGCAGCCCGGUUGCCCCUACACACUGCUCCUGCAGGAUACCAGUGCCCCAGCUGCCAGGGUCCAGUAUUCCCCCCCUCCAACCUGGCCAGCCCAAUAGCUGACAUGCUGAGGGAACAGUUGUCCUUAGUCAACUGGGCCAGAGCUGGACUAGGCCUACCUCUGAUUGAAGAACCUGUAAAAGCUAUUCAAGACAGCACACAGGAUGUCACUGAUUAUGCCGACUGGUCCACGUUUGAUGCACCAGCAUUGGAGCCUACUGAAGCUUACCCCACCGACUCCUACGCCUCCCAACCACACCCUAGCCUCGCCCCUACUCCAGUUCCAAACACAGUUCAGGAAGAUCAUGGAAGUCUCCACAACAAAGGGGAGAUGGUGGCUCAUGAACAACACUCUUUGGUCAACAUGAUCACUGCAACCACCAGUGACACCAUCACCCUACACGCAGCAUCAUCCCCAAGGAAGAUCUAUGACACUAGGGACUCCGGACACAGCUCUGUGACACAGAUCGACUUUGAUGACGACAAGUACCGGCGACGACCAGCACUCAGCUGGUUUGCACGGAUUCUCAAAAACCGGGCAGGUUCCAAGAGGACAGGCCUGUCCUGGAAGCAGAGGGUCUUCAUGCUCCUUCUGGUUGGAGUUCUGGGAUUCUUUACCUUGAUCAUCAUUAUGGCUAAACUGGGCCGUGCUUCAGCCGACUCCGACCCCAACUUAGACCCCCUACUAAACCCCAACAUCCGAGUGGGCAACAACUGACCAGCUCCAAGUCCUAGUGAGUGUUGAACAUAGGGCCGAUAUAGGCCAUCUAAGAUGGUGGGACCAGUAAAGGCAGAGAGCUACCUUCUCUCUCUCUCUCUCAGACAUGAAAGAAAAGAGGAUGGGAUGGUGCAUUUUGUCCUGGAAAUGAUGGCAACCUUACACCCUUCUUUGGGAUAGGCAGUUGCUUUUAGAGCAAUAUGUACAAUGAAUUUAUAUAUUUUGACCCACUCCACAUCAAAUGAGAUUGCAAUGUUGGAAUGAAUGGUGAUGGGGGAAAACAGAUUUUCACCACAGAAAUACUGUAUUCUAUGACACAUGGCUUUUUGCAACAUCUGCUAAAACAGGUAUUUUUGAAGGGGGUGUCAGUAAGUUGUUCAAGUUCAUUGACAGAGUGAUGUUUGUGUUGAAUUGGAAGAAUGCUACGCCUGACAUUCACAUACUACAUUGUAUGGUGAUUUAAAUGAGUCUGUAAAUAUAGAAAUUUAAUGAGAUGAUAGUGUGUUUUGUGUUGAACUGGAAUAAAUGUUUAACCAAUUCUCAAAUUCUGUAUGCAAUAUACGUUCAUAUUUUGUGGAUAAACAAAAUGUACAACAGAUACUGUGAGGAUAUUCAAGUAGUGGUUAACCCAUUGGACAUUGGUCUUGGUUUAGCAUUAAAAUGGCACAUGCAGUCUUAAAUCCACAAGUGCCCUGUGCUCAGACACUUUGAUAGAGUGAUCUACUUUCUCCUGAGUUUGAAGUGUUAUGAAAGGUGUGUUGAUGGGACCUCUAAAAUAAGUACAGUGCAUUCGGACAGUAUUCAGACCCCUUAACUUAUGUUAGACUUAUUUUAAAAGGAUUAAAGUUGUUUUUUUCUUCAAUCUACACACAAUACCCCAUAAUGACAAAGCCAAAACAGGUUUUUAGACAUUUUAGCAAAUGUAUUACAAAUAAACUAAUAUCAAAUGUACAUAUGUAUUCAGACCCUUUACGCUGUAGUUUGAAGGGCCACUGGCAUUGAUUACAGCCUUGAGUCUUCUUGGGUACAAGCUUGGCACACCUGUAUUUGGGGAGUUUCUUCCAUUCAUCUCUGCAGGUCCUCUCAAGCUCUUUCCUGGUUGGAUGGGGGGGUUGCUGCAUAGCUAGUUUCAGGUCUCUCCAGAGAUGUUUCAUAUCGGUCUGGGUUCUGGCUGGGCCACUCAAGGAUAUUCAGAGACUUGUCCCAAAGCCAGUCAUGCAUUGUCUUGGCUGUGUGCUUUGGGUCGUUGUCCUGUUGGAAUGUGAACAGUCACCCCAGUCUGAGGUUUUCAUCAAGGAUCUCUCUGUACUUUUCUCCGUUCAUCUUUCCCUAGAUCCUGACGAGUCUCCAAGUCCCUGCCUCUCAAAAUUAUGUUGCCACCACCAUGCUUCACCGUAGGGAUGGUGCCAGGUUUCCUCCAGUUGUGGCUCUUGGCAUUCAGGCCAAAGAGUUCAAUCAUGGUUUCGUCAGACCAGAGAAUCUUAUUUCUCAUGGUCUGAGAACCCUUUAGGUUCAUUUUUGACAAACUCCAAGCGGGCUGCCAUGUGCUUUUUUUUUUACUGAGGAGUGGCUUCCUUCUGGCCACUCUAUCAUAAAGGCCUGAUUGGUGGAGGGCUGCAGAGAUGGUAGUCCUUCUGGAAUGUUCUCCCAUAUCCAAAGAGGAGCUCCGUCAGAGUGGUCAUUGGGUUCUUGGUCACCUCUCUGACCAAGGUCCUUCUCCCCUGAUUGUUCAGUUUGGCCGGGCGGCCAGCUCUGGUAAGAAUCUUGGUGGUUCCAAACUUCUUCCAAUUAAGAAUGAGGGAGGCCACUGUUCUUGGGUACCUUCAAUGCUGCAGAACUUUUUUGGUACCCUUCCCCAGAUCUGUGCCUCGACACAAUUCUGUCUCGGAGCUUUACGGACAAUUCCUUCAACCUCAUUGCUUGGUUUUUGCUCUGACGUGCACUGUUAACUGUGGGACCUUAUAUAGACCGGUGUGUGCCUUUCUAAAUCAUGUCCAAUCAAUUUAAUUUACCACAGGUGGACUCCAUUCAAGUUGUAGAAACAUCUCAAGGAUGAUCAAUGGAAACAGGAUGCACCUGAGCUCAAUUUCGAGUCUCAUUGAAAGGUCUGAAUACUUGUGUAAAUAAGUUAUUUGUUUUAUAUCUUUUAAUAAAUUAGCAAAAAAUUCUAAAAAUGGUUUAGGCUUUGUCAUUAUGGGAUAUUGUGUGUAGAUUGAGGAAUUGUUUUUAUUUAACCAAUUUCAGAAUAAGGCUAUAAUGUGGAAAAAGACAAGGGGUCUGAAUACUUUCCGAAUGCACUGUAUAUAUGUUUGAGAAGUCACAUUUCUGUAUUGAAAUCAAAUUCUACACCACCUAUAUCAGUCUGCUGUUAUUAUAUAUCUCUGCACUUUUCCCCAAGUGACAUUAAACACGUUAAAUGA